AUGAAUUAAAGACCAAUAAAAAAUGGAUAUCUGUAAUUUAAUAAAAUAAGCUAAGAUAACAGAAACAUAUAUUUGGACUAAAAACUACUAAAUAUUAUUAUUUGGAAGGCACUCAAUUUCUUAUUUUUGAAGAUGACAAAGUAAUUUCGUAAUUAUUACCAGACUCAUAUACCAUAAGAAAGAAUUGAUCUAUCAGGAUUCAUUGUUGACGGCACCUGGUAAGAAGAUGGUUAUUAUACAUUUACUCUCAGACAUUUAUAAUAAGAAAUUAUUAUGCAAUUUAUUUCUUUGACAUAUGAAGAUGCAGCAGAAUGGGUUAAUAAAAUUAAAUAAGCUAUUCUCAUUUCAGAAUAUGAAGCACUGUUCCGCUCGUCUAAUUAUUAGAUUUCUAUAGAUUAAAAUCGAUCAUAUAAAUAUGAUUCUUCAAAUGUAACUAAGUAUAUAGAAUUUUCUAAAUAUUCAGAAGUAUCCCAGAAUAUGUGUAAAAAUAAUUACAACUCUACUAAGAACUAAGUAAAGAUAAAUGGGUUAUUGAGAAAACUUUAAAACAAAUGAAAUUAACAACAAUUUAAUCUUAGAAUAAUAUUGUGUUGAAAGGUGAGUAUAUAUUCAACACUUCGCUAUCAAAUAUAGCCACAAUUAUUAAAGUAAAUUAAUUAACUAAAUUAAAAUAGAAAGGUGGAAAAUAUUUGGAUUUAUUUAAAUAAUCCUCUGAUAUCCAUGAGAUUGAUUAAUUUGAAUAUCAUUAAGAUUUUUGGCAUUUUAAUAAUGAUGGUAAGAAGUAUAUUUUAGAAUCAAAAUAUAUCUAGUUUGAUUUUCAGAGAAACAAUUCAUUCUUCUUAACUAGAGAAUCUAUAAAUGAAAGUUAAUUUCCUAUGAUUCAUACCUCUGAUAAAAAAUCAAAAAAUAAUUAAAUUCAUAUAUUUAAAAUAUUGGAAAUUAUCCAUGUAGUUGAAGAGGAUUCAAAAUGUUUUACUUAAUAUAUGCAAGUUGUUAAAAAAGAUGAAAAUGAACAAAUAAUAAAAAAAUUAAUUAAAGAAUAAAUAAUUAAUCUGUCUAUAAUUUCAACUGAAUUAGAUUUACUAUUAAUAUAAAUAAAUAAUGAUUAAAUACCAAUUACAUAAUCAAGAAUUGUAGUAGGAACAGAUCAUUCAAAUGGAGAAAAUUAAGAAAAUGAAUUUUCUAAAGGUGAAAAUAUACAUUUUCCACCAUAAGAUAGAUUAGGAUAUGUGGAUCAUAUGCUACAGCCUAAUCAACCAGCAGCAAUAUAUGAGAAGAUGCACAAAAGGAUCAUACAUUAAAAUGAAGAAUAAUUGAAAGCUUUAUCAGAAUUAAAAGAGAAAAUUGGUCACUUGUAUUUGAAUGAAUAAACUAUGAUAAGGUAUCUGAUUGCAAGAAAUUACAAAGUCAAAGAUACUGAAAAAAUGAUAUUAAAAUGUCUAGUAUAUAAUCAUAAUUAAUAUAGUAAUGGAGAAAAGAAAAUAAUAUUAAUUCUAGAAAGAUCUCUGAUUAUUAAAUAUAUUCAAAUGAGAAUGUGCAUACUCAAUUAGGGUUUUCAAGAUGGGGUCAUCCUAUUUUAGUAACAAAUGGAAUGAAUUCACAUCCAGAGAAAUUUGAAACGGAAUAAGGGUUUUCAGAAUAAGGUUAUUUAUAAUAUCAUUAAAGUUUAAUGGAAGAAGGCAUAAGAUCGUAUAAAUUUAAUAUUAAAAAUAGAAUGAGAGGAUAUGUAGAUUAAUUUAUUGUGAUCAUAGAUUGCUAUAAAUUGAAACCAGCAAACUUCUCUUUCAGUGUAUUGAAGAAUGCAUUUAUAGAGAUAUUCAAUUACUAUCCUGAGAGAUAAUUUAGAAUUUAUGUUUUAAAUACAAACUUCUUGACUAGAUCAUUUUAUGCUAUGUUAAAACCCUUUUUACCAUCAAGAACUGUUGAAAAGGUUUUAUCAAUGAUAUUUCUUAGAUAAAUUUUAUAGGAUAAGAUUUUAGUGAGAUUAAGAAAGCAUUGUUGAAAGAUUUAGAUGAGGAAACAAUUCCACAAAGGUAUGGAGGUAAAAAUAUACUUAUUUAAUGA